AUGGCCGUCUCGCUCAAAUCACUCAUGUCGUCUGUCCUUGGGGGCGGCAAGACACCCACGCCUGCCUACAACCAGCUGUUCGAAAAAACGGACCCAGACAAGGACGGGGAGGAGUGCUUGCACGACUGUGAUAGUUGCACGAUACGGUAUCCGAGGGGGUUCAAGGUUGAUGAGGAGGAUGUGCUGUAUGGGCAGGUCAAGGGGUGGAGUACACAUGUGUUGGUGGGUACGGGGAAGACGGACUGGGUCAGAGAUGUGGGAGAUGAGAAGGGGAGUGUCAUGGAGGCCAUUAGCAAAGCGGAAGGCCCAAGUAAUGGGAGACUCAUGCUUUCGGCAUCAAAUAUGCCCACGCCAGACGACACAAGCGACUACUCGCAACCCACGACUGUUCUCCUACUCCCUGCCUUCACCCUCGUGGAGAACGUCCACCCAACCAACGUCACCACUCUCAUCACUGAAGUCAUCAACAAGGCGCCGACAACCGUGUCGCCGCUCACACCCCCUUUCUUCCCGCGGUCUCUGCCCAGUCUAGAUACCCACGUUCCCGUCCUAGGAACAAGAGCCUGUCCUCAUAGCGCCGUCAUUCUGAUGUGCAGCCACAAGACACGAGAUGCCCGAUGUGGCCAAAGCGCGCCGCUACUAAGGAAAGAGUUUGAACGUCAUUUGAGACCCCUGGGGCUGUAUCGUGAUCUUCACGACGAGAGACCGGGCGGCGUCGGCAUCUACUUCAUCAACCAUGUCGGCGGACACAAGUAUUCUGCCAACGUCAUGAUUUACCGGAGACCGAAUGCUUUUGGACAAGAUGACGUUGGAGAGACAAGGGCACAUUCGCAUCCAAGCGGGGUAAAUGGAAGCUCCAACGGUACCAAUGGCCUCUCGAAUGGCGAUGAUGGCAGGCCCGAUGUUGGUGCCGCGCAGGGCAUCUGGUUAGCGAGAGUAAAACCCGAGGACUGUGAGAAUCUGAUUAGAUAUACUGUUCUGAAGGGAAAGCUGGUCAAACCGGAGAGUCAACUACGGGGUGGUUUUGACAGAGUCAAGGGCCUGACGAGUUGGUAA